AUGGCUGCUCGAUCUCUCCCCAGAGGCCUCUCGAGGCAGCUGGCCUUUGUCAGGCCCUAUGGAACGGUGCAGAACAGCAUCCCCAAGCCGUCUACUUCGUCCACAGGCGCGGCUGCAUCGUCGCCAACGAGCUCGCUGCCAGCACCACUGCAACAUGCGAUUACGGCCAGGGCUCCUCGUACAUCCUGGACUCGCGAGGAGAUUACUCAGAUAUACCAGACGCCCCUAAACCAGCUUACUUUCGCAGCCGCUGCUGUUCAUCGUAACUUUCAUGAUCCUGCGGCCAUCCAGAUGUGCACGCUGAUGAACAUUAAGACCGGUGGAUGUAGCGAGGAUUGUUCAUACUGUUCUCAAUCCUCGCGAUACGACACUGGACUAAAGGCAACAAAGCUAAGCAGCGUUGAUUCCGUUCUUGAAGCUGCUCGCAUCGCCAAGGAGAACGGAAGCACCAGAUUCUGUAUGGGCGCCGCAUGGCGUGACAUGCGUGGCCGCAAGUCCAAUUUGAAAAACAUCAAGGCGAUGGUCAGUGGUGUGCGCGGUAUGGGCAUGGAAGUCUGUGUCACUCUCGGCAUGAUCGAUGGCGAUCAGGCAAAGGAGCUGAAGGAGGCUGGCCUGACUGCCUAUAACCACAAUGUCGACACGUCAAGGGAAUUCUACCCUUCCAUCAUCACCACGCGGUCGUACGAUGAGCGUAUCCAGACCCUCGGCCAUGUCCGUGAUGCCGGCAUUAACGUCUGCUCCGGUGGUAUUCUCGGCCUAGGCGAGGAAGAUUCUGACCGCGUGGGAUUGAUCCAUACCGUUGCGACUCUACCUGCGCACCCUGAAUCGUUCCCUGUCAACGCCCUGGUGCCUAUCAAGGGAACCCCUCUGGGGAACAGGAAGAUGAUCGAAUUCGAUAAACUACUGCGAACCAUUGCGACGGCUAGAAUUGUUCUUCCCGCCACCAUUGUUCGUCUAGCUGCUGGCCGUAUCUCCUUGACGGAGGAACAGCAGGUUACCUGCUUCAUGUCUGGUGCGAAUGCUAUCUUCACCGGUGAGCGAAUGCUUACCACCGACUGCACCGGUUGGGACGAGGAUAAGAAGAUGUUCAACAAGUGGGGAUAUUAUCCCAUGAAGAGCUUUGAGCGCGGGGAAUACAAGGGCAUCGCUUCGGAGCAGCAGCCUGCCCAAACCAGUGACGUUGCUGCUGAGACGGCCAAGCCUGCUGCUUCUUCCGCGGCUUCGUAA